AUGUUUGAUCCACGCGAAUUAAAGCAGUAUAGUGCUCAAUGUCUUGCUGAACUUUUUGGCACAUUUCUUUCCAUUCUAAUUGGAAAUCUAUCUGUAGCUCAGUAUAAAUUUACUAAACCAUCACCUGGAACUAAUCUUGGAAUUACUUUAUCAUUUGCAACGGGAGUAUAUGUGGCCCUUAUGGUGGCUGGACCAAUUUCAGGUGCACAUAUUAAUCCAGCUGUGAGUCUUGGUUUACUUGCAUUACGUAAAUUGAAAGUUAUUCAAUGUGUAUUUUAUAUUGUUGGUCAAAUUGUUGGUGCUUUUCUUGCCAGUGCUAUGGUUUAUCUUGUCUAUUUAAGUCAUUUCAAUCGAUAUGAUGGAGGUAUUCGACAACUUGAAGGUCCAAAUUCAACAGCAGAUAUAUUUUAUACGGUACCAGGAGAAGGUAUUCCAAAUUGGAAUUGUUUGAUUGAUGCUAUAGUUGGUACUACUAUUUUACUUAUUUUUAUAAUGGCACUUGGAAAUGAUUAUAAUAAUUUAAUAUCAAAUGCAGCUAAACCAUUUUCUUUUGUUCUUAUGGUAACAACAUUCGGCUUUUCUAUGGGUCUCAAUUGUGGAAAUCCAAUAAAUCCUGCACGUGAUUUUGGUCCACGUCUAUUUGCCGCUUUCAUCUAUGGUUCACGAGUAUUUUCUGUAAAUGAUUAUUACUUUUGGGUAGCAAUUGUUGGUCCAAUUAUUGGAGCUCUUAUUGGCGUUGGAAUUUUUGAAGGUUAUUUAGUUUUAAUGAAAAAAUAUGCUAAUCUACCAGGUAUUAUACACAUUGAUGCUGUCGAACAACCUAAUCAAGGAAAAUCUAAUAAAAGAUCCCACAUGAAUAAACAAGCAUCUUUAGAAAGCACGGUAUCAAUGUAA